AUGAAGCCUGUGGUCCUAGUUGCGCUGUGGCUAUGGCCUUCCUUCCUGCUGGCUUAUCCAACUAUAACUGUGUUGCCCGAUGAAGAGCAGAAUUUGAAUCAUUACGUACAAGUUUUACAGAACCUCAUAAUGAGUGUUCCUACCAGGGAGCAGCAGGGCUCUGAGAAACCGUCGAACUCCUUAGGAACUAUGGAGGCUCUGGAACUGAGGACGUUCGCCUCUGAGCUGAUACAAACCACUGAAGAAGUCACCUCUGGAGAAGUCACCACUGAAGAAGUCAGCCAUGGAGAAGUCACCACUGGAACCGUCACCCCCGAAACCGAUAUUCUGAUGAGGCCCUUCAAUGACGAAGUAACAACGUUCCCUUCCAGCAGCUUCACGCUGGGGAUGAAAAGGAAAAGGAAAACCGAAAGUACACCUUUCUGGUCCAUCCGGCCCAAUAACGUUUCUAUUGUUUUACACACGGAGGAACCUUUUAUUGAAAAAGAGGAGCCGGAGCCGGAGCCGGAGCCCGAGCCCGAGCCCGAGCCCGAGCCCGAGCCCGAGCCCGAGCCGGUGCCAGACCUGGAGCCGGAGCCGGAGCCGGAGCCGCGGACAGAACCGCAGACCACGUCAACAGAGACGCCGAGGCCGUCGUCCACGGCCUCCCAGCCGUGGCUGAGUACCCGUGUGACCGUAACGGCAAGGACCACCAGCAGCAACAUGGACGUUUCCACAGAAUCCGAGGACGUGCCCCAGCUCUCCGGCCACUCGGAACCCCAGAACGUGGAAGACUUCCCUGGGCAUCGCCCCCUCAGUAUGAGACAGGAGGACAUUUUGAGAAAAAUCUCCACUAUUAAUGCCCAGAUCAAGAACCAAGGGCCUCUUAAUGACGCCAACAACCACCAGUACAAGGAGUACAUCAAGGCCUCCAGGGAGCACCUGAAACGGAGCAUGGCCCUGGCUGCAGCUGCGGAGCACAAGUUGCAGGAAAUGUACAGAUCUCACGUCUUCUCAGAGGGACGGGGCGGUGACUCGGGCGACGACAUGGAAACGGUUAUCGACAUGCUGUACAAUUCCAGAUCCAAGCUGCCGGAGUACUUAAGCGUUCACAGUGUACCAUCAGAGCUGAAAGAAAAGGUCACUAUCGUGACUAAUGUGUUGAGAAAACUUUUAUGUGUAGAUCACGUAGAAACGCAACGCCUCAUUAGGAAGCUGUUAAGCAAUAAUAUGAAAAUUCUAAAUAUUCUUGAUGUCUCAUGA